UUGGCCAAGUGGAGCAUCUAAGGCUUUCUCGUGCCGUGCCAGCUGUCACCAGUUCCCAUUAAAAAGGAAGCAGCAAGAAAACGGCACUGGAAAUAAGCAAGGAUUAUGGCUGCCAAUUCCGCUACUGUGCGGAUUCUUAUAAAAGGAGGAAAGGUAGUGAAUGAUGACUUCACCCAGGAGGCAGACGUUUAUAUUGAGAAUGGGAUUAUUCAGCAGGUGGGCCGGGAGCUCAUGAUUCCCGGGGGGGCAAAGGUCAUCGACGCCACUGGCAAGCUGGUCAUCCCGGGGGGGAUCGACACCAGCACCCACUUCCACCAGACGUUCAUGAACGCCACCUGCGUGGAUGACUUCUACAAUGGCACCAAGGCUGCACUUGUUGGAGGAACCACCAUGGUGAUAGGUCACGUGUUACCAGACAAAGAGACUUCCUUGCUGGAGGCCUAUGAGAAAUGUCGAGCCCUGGCUGACCCCAAGACCUGCUGCGACUACUCCCUCCAUGUGGGGGUCACCUGGUGGGGGCCCAAGGUGAGGUCUGAGAUGGAGACCCUAGUGAGGGAGAAGGGAGUGAACUCGUUCCAGAUGUUCAUGACCUACAAGGACCUGUACAUGCUGCGGGACAGUGACCUCUACCAGGUCUUCCGCACCUGCAAGGAUAUUGGGGCCGUGGCACGAGUCCAUGCAGAGAAUGGGGAGCUGGUGGCAGAGGGUGCCAAGGAAGCUCUGGAUCUUGGUAUCAGUGGACCUGAAGGCAUUGAAAUCAGCAGGCCAGAGGAGCUCGAGGCAGAGGCAACCCAUCGUGUCAUUACGAUCGCUAACAGAACUCAUUGUCCCAUUUAUCUGGUUAAUGUGUCCAGCAUGUCUGCAGGAGAUGUUAUUGCAACUGCUAAGAUGCAAGGGAAGGUUGUCCAUGCAGAGACGACCACAGCCCAUGCUGUCCUGAACGGACUGCAUUACUAUCACCAGGACUGGGCACAUGCGGCAGCCUACGUCACUGUGCCUCCACUUCGACUGGACCCAAACACGCCAAACUACAUCAUGAGCCUGCUUGGCAAUGACUCUAUAAACGUUGUAGCCUCAGACCACCGUCCCUUCACCACCAAGCAGAAAGCAAUGGGGAAGGAAGACUUCACUAAAAUCCCACAUGGCGUCAGUGGUGUUCAAGACAGGAUGAGUGUUAUUUGGGAAAGAGGAGUGGUGGGAGGCAAGAUGGAUGAAAACCGCUUCGUUGCUGUCACAAGUUCAAACGCUGCGAAGAUUUACAACCUGUACCCGAGGAAGGGCAGGAUCAUUCCCGGGGCUGACGCAGACGUCGUGGUCUGGGACCCUGAUGCCACGAAGACCAUCUCAGUGAGCACCCAGGUGCAGGGCGGGGAUGUCAACCUGUAUGAGAACCUGCGUAGCCACGGAGUGCCGCUGGUCACCAUCAGCCGUGGGAGAGUGGUCUCCGAGAACGGGGUGUUCAUGUGUGCUGAGGGGACCGGCAAAUUCUAUCCACUCAGGACCUUCCCUGACUUCCUGUACAAGAAGAUGGUACAAAGACAAAAGUGCCAAACCCUGAAGGGUGUGGAGCGUACUCCAUACACUGGCGACGUGGCAGUGGUCUCAACUUCCGGGAAGGAGUCGGGACCCCCGGAUGGUGACGCUUUAGCCAGACCUUCAACAAGGCACGGAGGCAUGAGGGACCUGCACGAGUCCAGCUUCAAUUUAUCUGGUUCCCAGACCGAUGAUCAUGUUCCAAAGAGAUCUUCUGCCAGGAUUUUGGCUCCCCCUGGUGGCAGGUCCAGCGGAAUUUGGUAACCAUGGAAACCCCCGCACAUUCGGGACCAAAUAUAGCAGCAGAUUUCAAUACAAUAUCACUACUGUGCCGCAACACUUAACUAAAUGAAGGAGGAACAAAAAGUAAUGCAGUGAUUUUUAUAACAUGCUUAGAAUAUCCUAAACAUAUACUGCACUUUUAGAAAGGCACUUCAUUUUCUAAUUGGACACAAACUAGAAUUAGCUGCUUAGGGACCGAUCAAAACAAGGUAUAUUUGGAAGAUUGGCUGCUGAUAUUGUAUGUGAUAAACAAACAAUGAAAUGGAUGUCCCUGGCUAUAAUUUUAACAUGUUUUUAGGAAGGAAAUGUUUUCUUAAAUUAAUUGAUAAAGAAAGGCUCAUCAAUAAAAGAUCAUUCUUUUUUUUUUUCUGGAGGUUCAGCAAAAAUUGUUGCUAAAAUAUCUCGAGCCAGAAUGUUUUUUGUUUGGGUGAUGCAGUGAAGUGUGUGUUGACUGGGGUUAAGCAGCAGUGCUAGAAGCUGAACAAUACAUAGUGCUUUUGCUGUAGAGUAGUCCAACAGUAUGGCAAGGUCCAGAAAAAUAUGAGUUUCUUUAUUUAAUAAAUGUGAAUGUUAGCCAAGAAAACACAGUUUCAACACGUAUUUAAUUUAUUUAAUGAAGUCCUUUAUUAAAACAUGUGUGUUAAAGAGUGAUACCCAAUCAUUACUUCUUAUUAGCUUCAGCACUCCAUAGGAUCAACAUUGAGAUACAAAUAUAAAUAAAAAGUACACUGUACUUUCAUGCAUGUUGUGUCUGUUGUCUGAUUAGACCAGGAAGAGUUAAUAUUACAAAGAUGACUGUCUCUCAGUUUAUUGUUUUUUUUGUUUGUUUUUAAGUUCCCCAGUGGGAUAGCAUUGGAAGUGUUAAUCCACAUGGUUCAAUUUGUGAGUCAUAAUUCAGGCACAGUCACACAUUUAAGAACUGUAAUCUGUGGCACAAAAAUCUUGAUUAAUUAAGUGUGGCUCUAUUCGUUUUAUCUGAUCAAAGAUUUUUCAUUUUUGUCUUCAAAGUUUAAAGUAUCAGUGGGUUAUCUUUAUUUUGGCCAGAUCUCUUCAGAUAUCUGGAUCUUUUCUGGCUUCAUAUACCAGUAACAGUAUGAGAUAUUGGUUUUUUUUUUUUUUUUUUUUUUUUUUUUUUUCAUAUAUUAAUUAAUAACAAAAUGAAUAAAAUAAGCAGAGCCUGUGCUAAUAUGAGGGAAGAACACUGAUUUGGGUAUCACUGCCUGUUUGGAUUCUUGGGAUGUAAUUGGUCAUACUCUGCACUGUAAUAGUAUUAAAAAUAGUCAAACUAAUGGAGGACAACAGGUUAGUAUUGAAUGUGCAUGUAUUUGAUAAAAGGAAGUCACAGAGCACCUCUGUGGCCAUCCUUGUGGUGCUGAGUGAUGACAGACACAAAACAUGGAAAAGCAUUGGUUUAGGGCAGGCAAUUUUUUUACGUUUUUAAGGCUCUGCAAGAUUAUUAGACAUUUAAAAUAUAUAUCAUGUAUAGUUAACAUUAUGUGAUCUCUUUCAUACAGAAUUAAGUGAAUGUACCCCAUACACAAAGCUUAAAUUCAGGAGUUAUUUAAACAAUAUGUCCUGUUCACAAAGCUGUAGGGGAUGUUAUGUUAAGGAUGGUUUUAAGAAUACAGUAUUCUGUAUUGCUUCAAAGAUUACCGUUAUAUUUUUAUUUUAUUUUUUUUACUGUGGAAUGAGAAAUCAAAUAGCAGUAGCUGAACUGAUUUUGCAAAAUACAUUUUACUUUAGUUUAAAGAUUCAAAGCAAUCCAUUGUUCAUUCUGAUGGUUUCUGUUUCACUCUGCUCUCUGUUAUCUAGAUAGAGGUGAUGGUUUGAGCUUCACGCUGCUUUUCUUUAUCUAGAUAGAGGUGAUGGUUUGAGCUUCACGCUACUCUCCGUUAUCUAGAUAGAGGUGAUGGUUUGAGCUUCACACUGCUCACCGUUAUCUAGAUAGAGGUGAUGGUUUGAGCUUCACGCUGCUCUCCGUUAUCUAGAUAGAGGUGAUGGUUUGAGCCUCACGCUGCUCUCCGUUAUCUAGAUAGAGGUGAUGGUUUGAGCUUCACGCUGCUCUCCAUUAUCUAGAUAGAGGUGAUGGUUUGAGCUUCACGCUGCUCUCCGUUAUCUAGAUAGAGGUGAUGAUUUGAGCUUCACGCUGCUCUCCGUUAUCUAGAUAGAGGUGAUGGUUUGAGCUUCACGCUGCUCUCCGUUAUCUAGAUAGAGGUGAUGGUUUGAGCUUCACGCUGCUCUCCGUUAUCUAGAUAGAGGUGAUGGUUUGAGCUUCACGCUGCUCUCCGUUAUCUAGAUAGAGGUGAUGGUUUGAGCGUCACACUGCUCUCCGUUAUCUAGAUAGAGGUGAUGGUUUGAGCUUCACGCUGCUCUCCAUUAUCUAGAUAGAGAUGAUGGUUUGAGCUUCACGCUGCUCACCGUUAUCUAGAUAGAGGUGAUGGUUUGAGAUUCACACUGCUCUCCAUUAUCUAGAUAGAAAUGAUGGUUUGAGCUUCACUCUGCUCACCGUUAUGUAGAUAGAGGUGAUGGUUUGAGCUUCACACUGCUCUCUGUUAUCUAGAUAGAGAUGAUGGUUUGAGCUUCACGCUGCUCAUCGUUAUGUAGAUAGAGGUGAUGGUUUGAGCUUCACACUGCUCUCUGUUAUCUAGAUAGAGAUGAUGGUUUGAGCUUCACGCUGCUCUCUGUUAUGUAGAUAGAGGUGAUGGUUUGAGCUUCACGCUGCUCACCGUUAUCUAGAUAGAGGUGAUGGUUUGAGCUUCACACUGCUCUCCGUUAUCUAGAUAGAGGUGAUGGUUUGAGCUUCACGCUGCUCUCCGUUAUCUAGAUAGAGGUGAUGGUUUGAGCUUCACACUGCUCUCCGUUAUCUAGAUAGAGGUGAUGGUUUGAGCUUCAUGCUGCUCACGGUUAUCUAGAUAGAGGUGAUGGUUUGAGCUUCACGCUGCUCUCCGUUAUCUAGAUAGAGGUGAUGGUUUGAGCUUCAUGCUGCUCACGGUUAUCUAGAGGUGAUGGUUUAAGCUUCACACUGCUCACCAUUAUCUAGAUAGAGGUGAUGAUAGAGCUAAGUUUUUUGAGAUUAAGUUUUUAUUAUCAUCCAGAGGUUCAUCAAAUAUUUCUGUACAUGUAAAGCAGCCAGAUCAAGGGUCAACAAAUUAGUCUGCUGUUCAGUUAACAGUACUACUGGACAGCAUGAAAUGAUCUUCAUUUUACAGGAGAUAAAGAACUCACAUAAUUUCUAAAAACAAAAACAAGAAAACAAACAAACAGCUGCAACCACAAACAUCACUAUGGAAUGGGGAAUGGGUUGUAUGUCCAUAGAUUUACUGCAUUGCAUAAUUCCAUCCAUGGCUCCCAGGACAGGUCAAUGUAAUAAACCACUUCCCCCUGCAUUGGAAGGUAUUUUUUUUGUUUGUUUAGUUUUUUGAACCAGCGGAUGGAUUUAAUUUGUUAUGUCUUGUUUGGGUCACAAUGAAAUGAAUGGAUACAGUAAUGUUGGUUGUCUCCAAUGACAUUACAUUUUAAUAUAAAAUCUGAUUUUUACAUCUACAGUUUUAUUGGAAUUAAAAUGUAUGUUACUGAAAGUCAGUUGCAUCUAAUUCAUGUGAAAAUGAAAGCAAAGAAAUUGCGAGCACAGGGAAUAAUUGUCUUUCUGCGCUACAUUUCAUUACAGUAAUUAUAUAUAUAUAUAUAUAUAUAUAUAUAUAUAUAUAUAUAUAUAUA